AUGGACAUUUUGGUCGCGGACGCAAGCGAGGUGAUCAACGCGAGAAAGAAGAAACCCAACCAAGAGAGGGGAAAGCAAGCUCAGAAAGGGCACGUUCAUGCUCAUAGUAGCAGUGGCGGGGGCGAGAAUCCACCACGUCAGCCCUGCCCGGCCUGCGGGAAAGUCGAUCAUCGUGUAUGGAAUUGUGAAAAGUUUCAUCAAAUGAACAUGUUAUCACGCCUAGAGGUUACAGAGAAGGCAAAACUUUGCGAGAUAUGCCUGUUCAAUCACGGUCUACCAAUUCUUUCGUACUUUGAUGCAGAACCGAAAGUACUGAUUGGGUUACAGAACCUAGAACUGUUUGCGCCACUCGAAACUCGCGUUGGUCAACCUGGCGACCCCGUGGCCGUUCGAAGUACACUCGGUUGGGCUGUGUACGGUCCAAGUCAGAGCGUGCUGAUGGAAAGCGGGUUUCACGGGCUCCACGAUUGCCAGCGAGUAAUUGACGACGAGCUCAAUGAGCUGAUGCGACAGCAAUACUUGUUAGAAGAGACCGUGGUGUGCACCCUCCCGCUUCCAGAAUCAACGGACGACAUCCGAGCCCGAGAGAUACUGGAGCAAACGACACGACGUAUAGGUAACAGGUUCGAGACUGGACUUAUUUGGAAGAGCGACGACUUCGAAUUUCCGGACAGUUGGGGCAUGGCAGUGCGUAGAUUAAAAGGCCUUGAAGUUAAGCUGACAAAAGAUCCAGAACUACGCGAAAACGUAUUCCAGCAAAUUCGAGAAUACUUGACGAAAGGGUACGCACAUAAAGCAACUGAAAGGGAGUUGGAUGCGGCUAACCCUAAACGCGUGUGGUAUUUGCCGAUUAACGUGGUCACACAUCCCAAGAAACCAGAAAAGAAGCGGCUUGUAUGGGACGCAGCAGCCCGAGUUGAAGGCGUGUCGCUGAAUUCGCAGUUGAUGAAAGGACCAGAUUUGUUACGAUCGCUGCCAUCUGUCAUUUGCACGUUUCGAGAACGACCAAUCGCAUUUGGAGGCGAUAUUAGAAAGAUGUUCCACCAGGUGCAAAUCAUUCCGGAGGAUAAACACUCUCAACGUUUCCUUUUUCGAUUUGAUGCACAACAGGAUCCGGAUACUUACAUCAUGGAUGUGGUGACGUUUGGUGCGACCUGCUCGCCAUGUUCUGUCCAACACGUGAUGCACAAAAAUGCACUCGAGUCAGCCGAUGAAUUUCCAAGCGCUGCAGCAGCAAUAAUGGGAAGCACUUAUAUGGACGACUAUUUUGAUUCAGCUGAUUCACCCGAAGAGGUGAUAGGGCGAGCUAAAGAAGUUCGCACCAUCCACGCGCGCGCUGGAUUCGAAAUGCGCAACUGGAUGAGCAACAGCGAACAAGUUCUGCAUGCAUUGGGAGAAUGUAACGAACAAAAGCGAUUGAAGAUUGGUCUGGAUAAACAGAAUGGCUGGGAACGAGUUCUCGGGUUGGUUUGGAACCCGUACGGCGACUUCUUUACGUUCUCUACCGAAUUUCAAGGUGAUCUCGCUGAGUAUGUGACUGGAAACGGUUGGCCGACGAAACGCAUAACUGCCCGCUGCGUUAUGAGUUUAUUUGACCCGAUGGGGCUAUUGGCACCAUAUCUUAUUCAUGGUAAAAUGUUGAUCCAAGACCUUUGGAGAUGCGGCAUUCAUUGGGACCAACGAAUUCCAGAGGACGAACAUAAGAAGUGGAAGAAAUGGCUGCACGUGUUCACAGAUGCAAGUGAACUAGGUCUAGGCUGCGCAGCAUAUUUUCGGGUCGUCAAUGAUGCGGGAGUCUAUUGUACGUUGGUCAUGGCAAAAAGCAAAGUUGCGUCAAUCAAGUAUCAAUCUAUUCCCAGGAGAGAAUUACAGGCGGCAACACUCGGAGCGAGAUUGGCGGUACGUGUCCACGAUUGUCACUCUCUUAAUAUCUGCAGUACAACCUUCUGGACAGAUUCGAGCACCGUACUUUCUUGGAUCCGCUCAGACAGCCGAAGAUACAAGCAGUACGUUGCCCAUCGUGUAGGCGAGAUUCUCACACACUCCCAGCUGCAGGACUGGCGGUGGUUACCGUCAAAGGAGAAUGUUGCGGACUGCCUGACAAAGUGGGGAAAUGAUACCGAGCCGGAUAUAAACAGCAGGUGGUUUCAUGCGCCGUCUUUGCUGUGGAAAUCGGAGGAAAACUGGCCACAGCAACGAAAAGUCGCGGCGAACACAGAAUUAGAACUUCGACCGCGGUAUUUACUCCAUCAUAUGCAGAUCUCCGAAACUCAACAAGGCGUGGAGCGAGUAUCUAAGUGGAACGUGUUAGUUCGAUCGAUUGCUUUUGCAUACCGCUUCAUCCGAAACUGUAAACUGAAAGCAAAUGGCCAACCGAUACAGACGAUUAAGGCAGUCGACCAUCAACUUAAGUGCUUGCUACGACAGGUCCCAGCUAUUGAUUUUCCUUUGGAUCGAAGUGAAUACGAAAAGGCCGAGCAGCAUCUGUGGCGAGUCGCCCAGUCCGAAUGCUUCUCCGACGAAGUAGCGAUAUUAUUAAAAAAUCGAGACAUUUCCGCUGAAUUACUAGUGAGUAUUGACAAAUCUACCCCAACCUACAAUAGAUGA